UUGCUAUAUCAAUAAAUCUAAUCGAUCUGAUCUGUCAAAAACAAAUGUGUAAUGUCAAAUUUGUUAACCUCCUAAAAGAAAACAAAACAAAAGAUUAUAGUUUAUAGACAUGGAUAAUAUUGUUAAGGAAUUAGGCAUAAGCAAUAAGAACAUAUUCACUACUGCCUCAGCAAAUUUGUUCAGCGUUGUCGUGCACAGCAGUUGGCUUAAGAAAUGGCUGAAGAACUUAGAAGUAGAUAACACAGUGAACGAUGUAGAUUUCGCAUUACAAGCUGGUGAAAGUGUUCCUUAUCCCUGGCGGACGAUAUUCAUUAGGGUAUUAAAUAAAAAGGUGUCCAAGGUACUGCCCCUUCCUCGUUACAAACUACACGAAACCAACCCCGAAACUCCCCUAACUUUCUCCCAGCUACUCCAAUAUGUCUCACAGAACAAUCACAGAAAUUUAUGGAAGGAGUCAUAUAAGAAAUAUUGUCAGAAUAAUGAGAAUUUAAAAGAGAGUGCUAUAGUAAACUUACUGGAGCAUGACCAACUGCUGUCGGAGGUGCUGCUGCGGCUGUACGGCUGUAACAUAAUUAGGAUAAAGAGCGACGGCUCCGGCAGGAUCACAGAGUACAAAGAAAUCAUUCCUAACAAACAUGUCUCCAAAUCUUAUGAAACCCAUGUCAAUUUAUUAGCAGCUAUGUUCAUAUUAGAGACUGACAAUAACUACUAUAUAAUAUACAGAGGCCACUACGAAAACCACUUACUAGACUGUUUGAAUUUUAGCCCAAAUCUUAUUGAUAUGAAUUAUGGGCGGGGGAUGUUCUUAGUGUAUCAGCUCCUGAAUGUUUUUAAAGCUAUGAGCGACCGUGGGCUGAGUCUGGGUACGCUGGCAUUGCAAGAUAUUUAUUUGACAGAGAAUAUGUGGCUACAGAUACUGCCAGCUGUUACGAAUAACAUUCACACUCUGGACGCUUCAUUAAUCUAUGAGGCGAAUAGGAAGCAAGUUACCCCGGCUACAAGUCAGGGGAAGUGGGGGGAAGAGUGGGGGAGGAAUGAAGUGGUGCAGUUUGAGAAGCUGUGCAUGUUGUGGGUGCGGGGCCGGAUAUCGAACCUGGACUAUCUGCUGCACUUGAACACCCUGGCCGGGAGAUCGGCCAAUGACCCGCAGGCACACUUCAUGGUGCCCUGGGUUACGGAUUUCUCAUCUAGAUGUGGCAAGAAUUGGCGCGACCUCAGCAAGUCAAAGUACAGACUGAACAAAGGUGAUCGGCAGCUAGACCUGACAUAUGACGUCACCUGCGCCGAGCAGACACCGCAUCAUGUUACAGAUGCCCUUUCUGACAUCACUUGCUAUGUCUACCUGGCCAGAAGAACCCCAAAAGAGAUUCUCUGCAAGCAUGUCCGCAACAAAUGGGUUCCAGCAGAGUAUCCAGCAUCCAUCCAGCGUAUGCAGGAGUGGACGCCAGAUGAGUGCAUACCGGAGUUCUACACUGACCCUGCUGUUUUUCGAAGCAUGCAUGAGGAUUUGCCGGAUCUCGGCAUACCCUCGUGGGCCACUUGUGCUGAGGACUUCAUCACCAAGCAUAGAGAAGCCUUGGAGAGCGCACACGUCUCCGAGAACCUUCAUCACUGGAUCGACAUCACCUUUGGGUACAAGAUGUCCGGCCCAGCAUCAGUAAAGGCGAAGAAUGUAUGGUUGUCGCUGGUGGACGGUCAUACAACGUUGCGACGGGGCGCGGGGGUGCAGAUACUGUCCGCGCCGCACCCGCCGCGGGCAGCCCGACCUGGGCGACCCUCCCCUCCCGCGUUGCAUUGGACCAGUCGAAAAUCCAUAAAGCCUGACAGCUCAGACGAAGGGUCUGAUGAUGAAGAAGAGUCCCAACACCUGCCCCAGCACGUGUCUCGCCUGAGCGUGCCCGCGCGGGUCCGGAGACACAAGAGCACGAGCCGGGCGCGCUCACACAGCAAGGGCGAGGAACAUUCCAGUAGCAUCGACAGGUCCGCACAUUCCAAGCACUACAGGGUCCAAAGAUCAGAGUUAGGCAAAGGCGUCAUCUACCUCCCCAAAGAAUUCAACCCGGUCGCGUCCAUACAAGCGUUAGAGGCCCUCGACAACUUCAGAACCAACGCCUUCUUCUCAAAAGCAGAAGAGAAAGAGCGUCAUAAAAAUGUCAACACUUUAAACUUGGUCCCUGUUGAUAGAAGUGAAACGGUUAGCACCUCCAAAGAUGACGAUACAGCGUUCACGAAUCACAUGUUCUUGUAUGAUCAGGGUUAUAUAAAGAAGUUUAACGAUGGACACUUGGACGUCUUGAAGGAAAGAAAGAACAGGAGUUUUAACACUCGCUACACCACCGAUGCGACAGUUUACAAGCAGUUUGUGACGGAAAGCAGAAGACAGGACAUGCUAGUCUUAGGCUGUCUCAUAGUCGAGAUAUUCAUGCAUGUCCAUAUGAGACCUUUGAGGACGAAUAGCGGGAAUUUUAUAGAGCGCUAUAAUAGCUGCAGAACCGUGCUGAAGCAUAAUUUUGGCGCGUUGCCAAAGUGCGUUAGCUAUGUGGCCUCGUUGCUUCUAAACAUCUCACCACCAAGCUUGAGCUUCAAGAACGUAUUUAGCGCGAAGAAAGACGAACCCUUAAAGAAGAUCAUAGUGACAGACAAAGGUUUACCCCCACCGACGCCAUCUCAACUGCUGCAACCACUCUUAUCACAACAUUUAAUCCCUUUCCCACCAUCCUUCAACACCCUCUAUAAGCUCCUAAGCACUCUUCACGAAUACGAACUGGCGGCCAACGACUUAAACAUCCUGUACAUGUACGACUGUGACGGCAUACAGUGCGAGACAUAUCAGAACGUCGACAAAACUAAGAUGUAUUUCAGCCAAAGGAUAGCCGAAGGGAAAGUCCAGGCGUGCGCGACGCAUUUAGACGUGCUACUUAACCAAGUGACUUGUAACAAUCAGUUUGAUGUCCUGGAUAUCUUCUUGACACACUACAUAGAGUUGCUUCAGAAUAAGGAUACUUCAGUGCUCGCGGCGUGGUAUCUAUUCGACACGAUGAGCAAAGCUCUAGGUCCGGCACAGACGAGAAGAAAACUCCUCAAACAUAUAUUGAAUCUUUACGAGGACGAUGAGUUUGUCGUUGAUAAGCCAGACCAACACAAACUGACCGACUCCGACCCAGUUUCCUCAUCAGGACUGGCCAGUAAACAGAAGUUUGUCAAGCUGUACCAUCAUAUAUUCCUGCUCCAACUCAUGGUCAGACUAGGCCUGCAAUGUUUCCUGGACAACUUCACUCAGCAUCUAGUAGAAGCCGUAGGGGGUUACAAAGAUGUUACCACGGAAGUCGGCUCUCCAGGACAUUUAUGUCAUCAUCGAUCCAUGGCUAAUAAAAAACCUAGGUAUUCCGACGAUAACCUGAAAAGCGCACUUUCGAAUACGGACAUAUUCUCUCCGGACACUUCAUACGGUUCAGAACACGUUAUGACUCCUAGCGUUGAUAAGAUGGAGAUGAAUGAUUCUAAAGAGAAAGACGCUGAUAACAGAAGUGAGAAUGAUUUGUUCCACUUUGAAACAGAUAAGGAAAGAUUACCUAGUCGCAGCAGCAGGAGUAAAUCUCCUGCAGAUUCCAUGGAUUCAUAUACUUUGAACGUUAACCAUGACGGUAAUCUGCACACACCGUCACCCUCAGCAGAAGUAUUCUCAAAGGACUUCAGUCCGUCCACUAGUCGACCUCAAAAAGAACUUAAUGUCUUAAUAACUAAAGACGAAACUCCAACGCAAGAGACACCAACCAGAGGGCCAAUGUCGCCGACAAUAGACAUCCCUAAGAAGAUGUUCACAAGUUACUUACACUUCGCUGAUGAUGAUAAGGGAAAUGAUGCUCACAGCAGGAUAAAGAGUUUAGAUUUGAAUAGACAAGACGCGUCACCGAAAAGCAUAGGCGAGGAUUCUCAGGAAGAUGAACAGAAUAUGUGUAAGAUAUCAGAUAUGAGUUCAGAGAGCUUGAUCUGGUUGGCUCAUAGAUUAGGUCCAGUGCUGACUUGUAGGUACAUAACUCGGAACUUGUUGAAGAUGUUGACGCUCUGCUAUAUCGGGAAGGACAACUUGGCGCCUUGGGAGGGGGAUGGUCAGGACGAGUUCGACGAGAUCUCGAUAGCGAACAGCAAGGUGGUGGGGGACAGGAACGCUGCGAAGGUGAUAAAGUGCCUCACUACCAUUGUUGCUAUGUACGGCGAGCAGCUAAUCAUCUUCCAAUACCUGCCCCACAUGGGGGAGCUCAUAGCUUCAUGCCGAAGAAGACUGUCCGCGCCGCUAGAGGGCGGUGCUGUCGCCUGCCUACAACUUGUCAAGUACUUGGUGCCUUACAUGUGUGACGCUAAGGUCAUGGAGCAGUUGCAGGACACGUUCCUGAAGAUGAUCCUGCAGCCGGCGCUGCGGCUGGCGGCCACGGUGCGCGCGGCGUGGCCGGGCGGCGCGGGCGCGCGGCGGGCCGUGGCGCGCAAGCUGCUGGACGCGCUGCGCGCGCUCGCGCUGCGCGUCGGGCCCGAGAUGACGCGCAAACAUCUCUGCGUGCCCGCGCUGCAGAGGUUUUUCUUAGCUUUCGACAAGGCGACGGGCAAGUUGGACAACUGGCCGAAACAGGACGAGUCCACUGCUGAAAAGACGGAAACCGAAGCGCCCGAAGGCAAAGAGGGGUUCCUGGAGAUCUGCCGCGACGGCACCACGGCCGAGUGGACCGUCCGCGACGGCCGGGUGCUCCGCGCCGACCUGCCCGACCUGGCCUGCACUCCCCCCAACCUGGCCGACCGACCCCCCGACGCCCAAGAAGAACUCCUAAUAGUGUUCAAUGAAGAGUUGGCGUACCAGGCGUACAGCACGUUCGCACGGUUCAUAGGAGCCGAGACCAUCGAGCGGUGUCUGAAGAACAGCGACACCAUCCGAGCGCUCUGCAGGAAGUACGAGCGGAGUCACAGUGUGUCCUCCCCACUCCGCGGCCGCGUCCAGGCCUCGUUCAGCGACGAGCCGAUCAGCCGCAAGAUUGACAUUCCCCCGCGACCCGAGAUCGAGCACAUGUCUAGUUCCAAUAGCUUUGGCUCGAAUGUCACUCUAGUAGGCAACAGGAUCGACGUCGCGGCCGUCGAUGACGUCAGAGCGCAGUCGUCGCAGCACGACGUCGUCGCCUACAAGAUGGACAACGGCGUCAAGACUAACAGGCAUCUCCGUGGCGACUGGCUGAUAUACUGGGAGCACGAAAUCGGGCGUCCAGACAAAGAGUCCCGAUUCAACCUGAAGCAAAUAAAGUUGCAGACAUUCGCCGGCCACACGCACUCCGUCAAGUCCAUACACUGUCUGGAUAACGAGCAUAGCUUCAUGAGUGGCAGUAAGGAUAAGACUGUGCGGCUGUGGUCUCUCAGGAACCAGGGCGACGGCAACGCCACGAGCCAAUGCAACUGGACGUACACGGGCCACAAAAAGGGCGUGUUAUCCCUCACGUUCCUCGAGUCCCUCCGCCUGGCCGUCUCGACCGACAGCGUCGUCCACAUCUGGGACCCUUUCAUGGAGAACGUCGUGUCCCAGUUGGACAGUAUUAAAUCGCCCGUGAGCAUAGUGCGGACGUUCCCGGGGCCCUCUCCUGUGAUCAUAGCGGCUACUACGGAUGCGACGCUCAAAGUCAUCGAUGCUAGAGCUUGUAACUACACCAGCGAGCUGAAGUUACCGGCGACGGCGAGCACGUUCGUGCGCUGCCUGUGCGUGCACGCGUCGUGGGUGGCGUGCGGGCUGGCGUCCGGGCACGUGGUGGUGCUGGACGCGCGCGCCGGCACGCCCCGGGCACACUGGCGUGCUCACGACGGGGAGGUAUUACGUCUGGCGGCCGUUGACAACAACAGACUGCUGACGUCGGGGCUGGACCAAGUCACUGCGCUAUGGAAGGUCGACGACGGCGAACUCAUCGCGCACCUCAAAGGGACCACGGAACCUGUCCACUGCCUAUCCGUGUUCUACAACGAGCUGAUCUCCGGCACCACCAACAACCGCAUCGGCGUGCACACCUCGCUCGACCAGGACGCCAGCUUCUCCAGCACCAAACUCCGCUCCGACACCUUCCGGGGGGUGCUCACUUGUAUGUCUGUCUUACCGCUUAACAGGCUCCUUCUACUAGGCAGCGAUAAUGGUACCAUAAGUCUACUGUGCUGA